GUUUGGACUUUGUUUCCACCCAGACGGAGAUGCUUCAACCCAACAGGGGAGCUGCGACAUUCAGGAAGCCAGUUGAGGAAAACUCUCCAUGAAUGUACGUCACAAUGAUGAUGACCGACCAAAUCCCUCUGGAACUGCCGCCAUUGCUGAGUGGAGAGGUAGCCAUGAUGCCUCAUCUAGUGAAUGGAGAUGGAGCUCAGCAGGUCAUCCUAGUUCAAGUUAAUCCAGGAGAAAGUUUUACAAUCAGGGCUGAGGAUGGAACACUUCAGUGCAUUCAAGGACCUGCUGAAGUUCCCAUGAUGUCACCCAACGGAUCCAUUCCCCCCAUCCAUGUGCCCCCAGGAUACAUAUCACAGGUGAUCGAAGACAACACAGGAGUCCGUCGAGUGGUGGUCACUCCCCAGUCCCCCGAGUGUUACCCCCCGAGUUACCCCUCGGCCAUCUCUCCAACCCACCACUUACCUCCGUACCUCGCCCAUCAUCCUCAUUUUAUCCAUAACUCACACACGGCGUUCUAUCCACCUGUCACUGGACCUGGAGAUAUGCCACCUGGGUUCUUCCCACAGCAUCAUCUUCCCCCCACACUCUAUGGAGAGCAGGAAAUCAUACCACUAUAUGGAAUGUCCAGCUACAUUACAAGAGAAGACCAGUACAGCAAGCCCCAGCACAAAAAACUGAAGGAACGCCAGACCGACCGCCAGAACCGUCUCAACAGCCCCCCUUCCUCUCUCUACAAAAGCCACCUGAGCAACUGCACAACCGUCUACAAUGGCUACGGCAAGGGUCACAACGCAGGCAGCAGCGGUGGCGGAGGAGGCGGUGGCGGGGGGGGACCCGGCAUCAAGAAGACCGAGCGACGAGCGAGAAGCAGCCCCAAGUCCAAUGAUUGUGACUCACAAGAGUAUGACUCGGAAGCAAAGAGGGUUCAAGACAUUCUUUCAGGAAUUGAGAAACCACAGGUUUCUAAUGUCCAGGCAAGGACAGUUCUGCUUACAUGGUCCCCUCCCACUGGCCUUUCAAGUGGAGAUAGACCCCACAACAGCCCACCCUACCCCUACAGCUAUGAAGUGGCCUUAUCAGACAAAGGGAGGGACGGAAAGUACAAGAUAAUUUACAGUGGAGAAGAAUUAGAAUGUAGCCUGAAAGACCUUAGGCCAGCCACAGAUUAUCAUGUCAGGGUAUAUGCCAUGUACAAUUCGGUAAAGGGAUCGUGCUCCGAGCCCGUUAGCUUCACCACUCACAGCUGCGCCCCCGAGAGUCCCUACCCUCCCAAGCUGUCACAUCGGACCAAAAGUUCCCUCACCUUACAGUGGAAGGCACCUAUAGACAACGGUUCAAAAGUCACCAGCUACCUUUUAGAGUGGGAUGAGGGAAAAAGGAACAGUGGCUUCAGAGAAUGUUAUUUUGGGAGCCAGAAACAUUGCAAGUUGACCAAGCUUUGUCCGGCAAUGGGAUACACAUUCAGGCUGGCAGCUCGAAAUGACAUCGGCACCAGUGGCUACAGCCAGGAGAUGGUGUACUACACGUCGGGGAACAUCCCGCAGACGCCCUGCGCCCCGAGACUCGUGCGAGCGGGGGUCACGUGGAUCACCCUGCAGUGGAACAAGCCGGAAGGCUGCACGGCCGAGGAGGCCAUCACCUACACCUUGGAGAUCCAGGAGGAAGACCACGAUAGCCUUUUCCACUCAAGAUACACUGGAGAGGAUGCCACCUGCACUGUGAAGAAUCUGAAGAGAAGCACCCAGUAUAAAUUCAGGUUAAUUGCUUCUAAUGUGGAAGGAAGAAGCUUUCCGAGUGAAGUUUUGGUUUGUACAACUAGUCCUGACAGGCCAGGACCCCCGACUCGACCCUUUAUUAAAGGGCUCAUCACACCUUACGGCUUUAGUGUAAAAUGGGAUCCUCCUAAGGAUAAUGGUGGUUCCGAAAUCCUUAAGUACCUCUUGGAGAUCUCGGAGGGUCAUUCGGAAGCGAACCAAUGGGAUGUGGCGUAUAGUGGCUCCGCCACAGAAUAUACCUUUACUCACUUGAAGCCGGGCACUUUGUAUAAACUCCGGGCAUGCUGCAUCAGCACUGGUGGACACAGUCAGUGUUCUGACAGCCUCCCCAUCCGCACGCUUAGUGUUGCUCCAGGUCAGUGUCGGCCCCCGAGGGUCUUGGGGAAAGCAAAGCACAAAGAAAUCCAUCUACAGUGGGAUGUUCCUUCAUCAGAAAGUGGCUGUGAGGUCUCUGAGUACAGCGUAGAGUUGACUGAACCCAAAGAGGCUGCCUCUGAGGUGUAUCACGGGCCUGAUCUUGAGUGUACAGUUGGAAAUCUUCUCCCUGGAACUACGUACCAUUUCAGGGUGAGAGCCUUGAAUGACGGAGGGUAUGGGCCUUACUCGGAGACAUCAGAAAUCACCACCGCAGCAGGGCCUCCUGGGCAAUGCCGAGCACCUUGUAUUUCCUUUACACCUGACUCGGGUGUUCUAGUAAGUUGGGAGAGCCCCAAAAUCUCUGGUGCUGAUAUUUCAGAAUAUAGAUUGGAAUGGGGAGAAGAUGAAGAAUCCCUAGAACCCGUGUAUCAUGGGACAGAGACCAGUUUUGAAAUAAAGGAACUGUUGCCUGCCGCACAUUAUUGCUGUAGACUACAGGCUAGCAAUCAAGCAGGAGCAGGACCCUACAGCGACCUCGUAUCCUGUCGGACACCAGCGUCAGCCCCGGAUGCUGUCUCCACUCUCUACGUCCUGGAGGAAGAGACCUUCGGUGCCUACCCAACAUCACCUUCUGUGUGCCUUGUACUGAACUGGGAAGAGCCGUGCAAUAACGGAUCCGAAAUCAUUGCUUACAACAUUGAUCUGGGAGAGAACAGCAUCACAGUGACGGAUGCCACCAGCUACGUCAUUAAGGACCUCCUUCCGGAAACCUCCUACCGUCGGUCUCCCCAUUUCCUGAAAAGCGCCCCUGCCCUGAAGCCUGAAGAUGCAGAUACCUUUAAGCUGGAAGUUCGUGUCCUGCUAACAUCUGGUUUCUUUUGUCUUCUUCCUUCGCUCAGGUUCAUCCCGAUUUACAGAGGACCAAGCCACACCUACAAGGUACAGAGAUUAACAGAGUUCACGUGCUACAGCUUCAGAAUACAAGCGGUGAAUGAUGCGGGGGAAGGACCCUUCUCAGAGACAUACACCUUCAGCACAACCAAAUGCAUCCCGCCUACCAUCAAAGCACCUCGUGUGACACAGUUAGAGGGGAACGCGUGUGAGAUUUCGUGGGAGACGGUACCGCCGAUGAGAGGAGAUCCCAUCAAUUACAUCCUGCAAGUGCUAGUUGGAAGAGAAUCCGACUACAAACAGGUGUACAAGGGAGAAGAUGCCACCUUCCAAAUCUCAGGCCUUCAGAGCAACACCGAUUACCGAUUCCGCGUGUGUGUGUGUCGUCGUUGCUUAGAUACCUCACAGGAGCUGAGUGGCGCCUUCAGCCCUUCGGCCGCUUUUGUACUACAGCGGAACGAGAUGAUGCUCGCGGGAGAGACGGGCUGCUUCGACGACCCCAAGAGGAAGAGCCCGAUGCCUACUGAUGGACAGUUUGCCGCCCUCAUCGUCCUCGGCUUCGCGAGCCUGUCCGUUCUGUUUGCCUUUAUAUUACAGUACUUCUUAAUGAAGUAGACCAGUCCAACAGAGUCCGAGGUAUGAAUUUAGGU